CCACUCAUUACCUCCCGUCUCUUCCCCUUCAUUUAACUCUGUCUCUCUUCUCUCUCGUUGGCGCCAAAUCCCACCAUGUCAUCACACACCUUACUUCUCUAUUUCCCCAUUUCCAUUUCCCAAAGCUUCGAUGCUCUUCUCCUUUCCCUUCUCCUCCUCUCCCUUUUCACCUUCUUCCUCCACCCUGGCGGUUUCGCUUGGGCCAUUUCCAAGUGCAAAACCACCGCUUCCUCCGCCAUCCCCGGUCCUUCUGGCCUCCCAUUCAUCGGCCUCCUCCACAUCUUCACUCUCUCUACUCCUCACAAAUCCCUCUCUGCUCUCGCCAAUCGAUUUAAAGCGUACCCAUUAAUGGCUUUCUCUGUUGGCUUAACUCGCUUUGUGAUUUCUAGUAAUCCUGAUGUUGCUAAAGAAAUUCUUAAUAGCCCUUCCUUUGCUGAUAGACCUGUGAAAGAAUCUGCUUAUGAACUGCUUUUUCACAGAGCAAUGGGGUUUGCUCCUUAUGGUGAGUAUUGGAGGAACUUGAGGAGGAUUUCUGCUACUUAUAUGUUCAGUCCUAAGAGAAUAGCUGGUUUUGAAGGGUUUAGGAAAGAAGUUGGGUUUAAAAUGGUGAGGGAAAUUGAGAAAUCCAUGGUUUUAAAAGGGGAUGUUAGAGUUAAGGAGAUUCUUCAUUUUGGGUCUUUGAAUAAUGUGAUGAUGACUGUUUUUGGGAAAUGUUAUGAGUUUUGUAAUGGCGAGAGAGAUGGGCUUGAGCUUGAGGCGUUGGUUAAAGAAGGGUAUGAUUUGCUUGGUAUUUUUAAUUGGAGUGAUCACUUUCCUUUGUUGGGAUUCUUGGAUUUACAAGGUGUGAGGAAAAGAUGUAGAUGUUUGGCUUCUAAAGUUAAUGUAUUUGUGGGGAAAAUCAUUGAGGAACAUAGAAUGAAGAGGGAAAUCAAGGAAUUUCAUCAAGAAGAACAAGAACAUAAUAAAGAUUUUGUUGAUGUUCUGCUUGAUUUGGAGAAAGAUGACAAACUCUCAGAUUCUGAUAUGAUUGCUGUUCUUUGGGAAAUGAUAUUUAGAGGAACUGACACAGUAGCCAUACUUCUAGAAUGGAUUUUAGCAAGAAUGGUAAUACAUCCAGAAAUCCAAACUAAAGCACAAAAUGAAAUCGAUUCAGUAAUAGACGAGAAAUGGAGAGCCAUUUCAGAUAAUGAUAUUCAAAAGCUUCCAUAUCUUCAAGCCAUUGUGAAGGAAUGUUUAAGAAUGCACCCACCAGGGCCACUUCUAUCAUGGGCAAGACUAGCGGUAGCGGACGUACACGUCGACGGGAGGGUUAUACCGGCCGGGACGACGGCAAUGGUGAACAUGUGGGCAAUAACACAUGAUGAGAAGGUGUGGAAAGAUGCAGAGAAAUUUGAUCCAAACAGAUUCAUGGAAGAAGAAAUCAGUGUUAUGGGAAGUGAUUUGAGAUUGGCUCCAUUUGGGGCAGGGAGAAGAGUUUGUCCUGGAAAAGCAAUGGGAUUGGCUACUGUCCAUCUCUGGUUGGCUCAGUUGCUUCAAGCUUACAAAUGGAUGCCUUGUUCUGAUGAAUCCACUAAUGGUGUUGACUUGUCAGAGUGUCUUAAACUCUCAAUGGAAAUGAAAACUCCAUUGGUUUGCAGAGCUGUUCCUAGGCCUGCUUGGUGAAAGGACUGAACAAUACCAGGAAUAGGAUAAGAAAGAAGAAGAGGAAGGGGAAGGGGAAGGGGAAGGGGGGGUGUUAGUUAAAGGGUUUUUUUUUUCUUUUACUUUUCUUUUUGCUCUUUUGGAGUUCCCAAUAGAGAGAAACAGUGAUGUUAACUUUUGGGGGGACUCACAAAAAUGAGUUUUUUCUUUCCUUAUUUUUUUCUUUGGUGGGGGAAGGGGGGGAAGGAUAGAAGUUUCUUUUGGGUUUGUUUUUGUUGAGAAGCAAUGAUAAUGUGUCUUUUUCUCUUUUAUGUGAUUAGGGUUUUUAGGGUCAGUUUGUGUUUUCAAAAGUCAUGUUGGUUUAUGAUGCUCUAAUGGAAUCUUAUGCUUGUGUAAAAAAACAAAAACAAAACAAAGGAAAACCCUCUUUGUUCUGAUCACUUUCUGUCUA